AUGGUAACCCUAUCACAAAUUCAGUCCACACCAUAUAAAGGUGUAAAACUUACAAUACUCAUGACUGAAGCUAAUCAUAUAGAAGACUUGCCAAGAAACGAUAAGAUCACGGUCAAUCUGCUCGCACUGAACCAGGAGCUCUUGAAUACAAAUUCAACAUUCAAUGUUCCGACGGGACUCACUCCUACGUGGAGGUUUGCAAAUUUGACUGUUAUGAGGACUAAUACGAAAGAUAGUGAUUUUAUCAGUGCGGUAAAAGAAGCUGAUGGUAUCAUAGUAGGUAGCGGUUUCGUGCCUAAAAUAUCUAAUCCAUCAUUUAAAUUCAUGAUUCUUGACCGAUCUGAUACGCCGUUAUGGUAA